AUGGAUGCUGGGAUUAUUGCCGCAUUCAAGAGGCACUACCGCCGGCUGCAUCUGCAGAAUGCCUUGGACCGUGACGAGCGCGGAGAAACCAACCUUUACAAGGUUGAUCAGCUCACGGCCAUGCGUUGGUCGCUGGCUGCGUGGAGCGAGAUUUCCAGUGCCACAAUCGCCAACUGCUUCCGUCAUACGGGACUCAUGGACGGUCCGGCUCUGCCGACUGUAGAGGAGCAGCGCGUGGAACAGGAUAUUGUUUCGGCGCUGGAAAGGCUCCCGCUCCGCAAUCCCAUGUCGAUCGCUUCUCUUCUCAAUCCGGCUGAGGAGGAGGAGACGGCGCAUGCGGAGCUGACCGAUGCCGAAAUCAUCAAGCUUGUUGAGGAUCCGUAUGGGAAGGAGGAAGGUGCUGCUGAGGCGGAGGAGGAGGUGGAAAAGCAUUCGAAGGCUGAAAAGCUUGCCAGCCUUAGUCUAUCCAUCGCCCUUCUCGACCUUUCUCAGGAGUCCCAUCGUAUAGCUCACCGGACCCUUCGCUAA